AUGCGGACCACUCUCGUUUCAUAUUUCACGCUCACUACCUUGGGCUUGUGGGCUUCCCAGACGCUCGCUGCGGAUACAUUGAGCACUAAAGGUUUGUCAACAUGCCUGACGGACUCGGCCAUUGAAGUCAAUAAUCUUGAUGUCACGUACACCAAAUCAACCAAUGAACUCGUUUAUAACGUCGGCGGUACCAACGCGAAAGAACAGAAUGUUACUGGCUCCAUUACGAUCUAUGCGUACGGCAAUCAACUCUACUCGAAAACAUUCGAUCCCUGUGGCACCGAGUAUUACACGGCAGCCCUGUGCCCCGUGCCGGCCGGCAGCUUUACAGCCCAGGGACAGAUGCAGGUUCCUGAUUCCAUUGCCAGUCAAAUCCCCUCCAUCGCAUUCGCUAUUCCAGAUCUGGAUGGCCAAGUGAAGCUUGAGUUGCUGUCGAAGGAUAACAACGAUGACGAGCUGGCCUGCAUCCAAACCGAGUUAAGUAACGGCAAGACGAUGCAGAUUGCAGGUGUCUCUUAUGCUGCUGCUGGCGUAGCGGGGGCGGCUCUAGCCGUGAGCGGGUUGUCCGCUCUAGGUGCUGCUGGUCACCCUGGAGCUUCAUCAUCCAGCCCAUCUUUCGGCGAUGUUAUGACCUGGUUUCACACCAUGGCAACUAACGGUAUGCUUAGCGUCAAUUAUCCUACGGUCUACCGCAGCUUUUCCAAGAAUUUUGCCUUCAGCACAGGCCUGAUCCCGUGGGGCCAGAUGCAGGAGUCCAUUGAUAGCUUCCGUCGGGUAACAGGUGGAAAUCUGACCGAAAACAGCUACGAAUAUCUCCUAAACGCCACCCUGGUGUAUUCAAGCGGCUCCACGUCAAAUUCGAGCAAGUCGAAGCGUGCCCUUGACUGGACUGUUGGUGCUGCUAACCUCGUCGCCCGCGAUCUCACGACGUCAAACUCCACUACCACCAACAGUACCAGCAGUAGCAGUGGAUUGCAACAUAUGGUAUCGGGAAUCGAGGCAUAUGCAGAGCAAUUGACUGUGCCGCAGGGGAAUACCUUUAUGACUGUGCUGCUUAUCUUCGCCAUCCUCAUUGCCGCCAUCACUGUGGGGAUUUUGCUCCUUAAAGUCAUCCUUGAAGUAUGGGCUUUGUAUGGGUCUUUCCCUCAGAAGCUCUCCAACUUUCGCAAGGACUAUUGGGGUCUCCUCGGGCGGACAAUCACCAAUUUGAUCUUGAUUCUAUAUGGGAUCUGGGUCAUCUGGUGUGUCUACCAACUUAGCAGCGGAGAUUCCUGGGCCGCAAAAAUUCUGGCUGCCGUUGCUCUGGUUGUGUUCACAGCCGUGCUCCUGUUCUUCGGCCUUCGGAUUGCUUAUCUGGCACGGAAGUUCAGAAAGUCUGAAGGCGACGCAUCUCGCUUGUACGAUGAUAGCGAAACCUGGCGCAAGUACAGUCUUUUCUACGACAAUUACAAGAAGGAUUAUUGGUGGAUUUUCGUACCCGCGAUUGUAUACAUGUUCGCUAAGGGGUGCAUUAUCGCGGCAGGUAAUGGCCAUGGGCUGGCGCAAAGUGCGGGUCAGCUUAUCGUUGAAGCGCUUAUGUUGGUCAUGCUAUUGUGGAAUCGCCCAUACGUUGUGAAAUCGAGCCAAUGGAUCAACACCAGUGUGCAGGUAGUACGCAUUCUGUCGGUUGUUCUUGUUUUGGUAUUUGUGGAUGAGCUCGGCCUAUCAGAGACAACCAAGACGGUCACCGGAAUUGUUCUCAUCGCGGUCCAGGCUGGCUUCACCGGCAUCUUGGCCAUUCUAAUCUGUGUCAACGCGAUUCUCCUCUGCUGUCGCGAGAAUCCUCAUGCGAAGCGGAGACGAGAGGCCGACAAGAUGAAUCGCGACAUGGAUGAUCUGACCCCCUUGGACGCCCGCGAGUCUCUCCUGAUGGACAACCCUCCUCGUAAAGAUUACGCCGAGAUGAGCAAAUUCAAUUUCACCGGUCCCUACGAGCCAUACCGUGACCAGUUCGAUCACAAAGGGCGGCAGAGUCCCACUGGGAGUCUGGAUCGAUUAGUUGGGUCUGGUUAUAACCUUGAAGAGCAACACGAUCGUGCUGUAAGCCGUGAGAGUCGGCGGAGCCGUGACAGUCAUGAUGCUCCUGAGAGGCACCAUGCCACUACCCCCGGCUAUGGGUUCGCUUAUUGA